AUGUCUCAACCGGCUCAACGUGCAGCGACCAGAUCGGUCAUCCAGAAGUACAUCAACAAAGAGACUCUAAAAUAUGUGUUCACAACUCAUUUCUGGGGUCCUGUGUCGAAUUUUGGUAUACCCAUUGCAGCAAUCUACGAUCUUAAGAAGGACCCUACAGUGAUCUCGGGUCCAAUGACAGGAGCUUUAGUGAUAUAUUCUGCAGUUUUCAUGAAAUAUGCUCUGGCUGUUACACCGACGAACUACCUUCUAUUUGGUUGCCAUCUUGUGAACGAAGCGGCACAAUUAGGUCAGGGCUACAGGUUCCUGCACUACAAUUAUCUGGCAGACGAAGAUGAGAAGAAGGCCAUUGACGAGAAAUGGAGCAUGCCAAGUAAAUGA